UUAAAGGUGGAGCUAAAAUAAAGAUGGCUUCCACUGCAGAGGUGUCUUCAAAAAAGCAUAGAAUUUUCGUCUAUGGGACUUUAAAGAAGGGCCUGCGUAAUCACUAUCUUAUGAAGGACAAGAAUAAUGGAGAGGCCGUGUUUAUCAGUGAAGCAAGAUUGUCACAUCCUUAUCCACUGAUAGCAGAAAUGAUUGGGGACAAAAUGGCUGAAGAAAUUGGCAUAAAUAAUCAAGUUGUACCUUUUUUGUUACCAAAAAUGCCUCCAGACAGACCAGACAAUAUUGUUGUUGGAGAGUUAUAUGAAGUUGAUUCUUCAAUGUGUGCUGUUUUAGAUAAACUGGAGGAACAUCCUAUUUGGUACCUACGAACACCAACACAGUGCAUACUGACUGGUACUCCUUCAGACAAGUUUCCUGGGCUGUCAAAAGGUAGCACUGUGGACUGUGAAGUGUAUUUUUAUAAUAAAACUGAUUUGACACCUGAAUGGUACUCUAGACCUUACAUUAGUGACUAUCAGGAGAAUUAAUAUUUUUAGCUUAUUAUUUUUGUAGAAAUUAAUUAAAUAUUGGCAGUUUGUUAACUCUGCCAUUUUGAACAUGCUCAAUGA